AUGGGGGAGAUUGUGCAGGAGGGAAGAAAGGAAGGAGACCCUGUCUUCUUUCCUUGGAAUGAUAAAAAGUAUAUGGACUAUCAGGAUCCAGAAAAGUCAGAAAGGAAAAGGAGGAAAACAUGUUUGUCAUCGCCCUAUGAAGUCGAUAACUUCAGUCAGUCCUUAUCCUGUGAGAGAGAGCAGACAGAAGAUGCAGUAGAUUUUGAUGAUGUAGAACAUGUUGAAGUAGAACACAGUUAUACAGUCUCUUGCUCUCGAAACUGUUCCAAAGAAAUACAGCGGAUCUCAUCAGAGAUAAAAAAGUUGGAAGAAGAGUUACAUGCAAUAAAAGUCAACAUGGAUAAAAGAAAACCCAUGACUGUAGCUGAAAUUAAGGACAACGAAGAAAAGAUGCUGCUUUAUACUUCAAUACAAUAUGAUGUCUUUGAAGUGCUUGUAAAACUACUUGGUCGAUUCAGUUUAAAUUACUUUCUUGGUUGGACACCAUCCCUUAAACUUGAAGAUCAACUUUUGAUUGUUUUCAUGAAGCUUAAACUAAACCUUAGAGACAUUGACUUAGCUCACAGGUUUUGUGUAAGCAGGCCAACAAUUUCUAAUAUUUUCCACUCACUGGUUCAUGCCCUUCAUGAAAUGCUGUACAAGGGGGUUGUUGAUACAUGUUUUCCUAGUCAACUAAAAUGUAAAGGCUCCAUGCCAAAGGCAUUUGCAGAAUUCUCUUCUGCAAGGGCAUCUAUGGAUGCCAUUGAGACAACACAGGAUAUACCAGGACAUCUUGAUACACAGGCUAGGGCAUACAGUUCGUAUAAGAGCCGUCACACCGUCAAGGCAGUGACUUGUGUAGCACCAAAUGGUGCAAUCACUUACUGUUCUCCUUUAUAUCCGGGAUCAACAUCUGAUGUUGCAAUUGUGCGUCACAGCAAAAUUCUUGAGAAGUUUAAGCCCGGGGACCUGAUUUUAGCCGAUUAG